AUGUUGCAGCCAAUAAUGCAUAUUUUGAAGCAAAAAAAUAUCAUAUUAGCGAGCGGUUCUCCUAGACGAAAAGAACUUGUCGAAAAUAUUGGUCUCAAAGUUGGCUUGCGCCCAUCAUUAUUCGAAGAGAACCUUGAUCCAAAUGCAUUUAAAAGUUUUGGGGAAUUUGUUGAAGAAACAGCAUUACAGAAAGUUUUAGAAGUUGAGACCAGAUUAACAGCGGAGGGACACAAACCAGAUGUGGUUAUAGGGGCUGAUACUAUGGUCACUUUGGGGACAGAGAUGUUUGGUAAACCUACUUCAGAGACUGAAGCAUUCGAGAUGUUAUCUCGUCUAUCAGGCAGAGGCCAUACUGUGUAUACAGGAGUUGUUAUUAAAGCCUCAGAUAAUAUUGUGAAGUUCACUGAGAAAACUGAUGUUUUCUUUGGCAAACUGGAUGAGCAGCAAAUCAGAGGUUAUAUAGCUACUGGAGAACCUAUGGAUAAGGCAGGGGGCUAUGGCAUCCAAGGAGUUGGAGGCACAUUUGUGGAGCGAGUGGAAGGUGAUUACUUCACUGUGGUCGGUCUACCACUGUACAGGCUCUGCUCAGUACUCUAUGACAUGUUUAAACAUCAACUUUGA